AUGGCUCUCAGAGUUAUUGCAUUGUCUUCUCUUGUCUUUCUUCUCUCGCUCAUCAGCUUCGCUGCAAUGGCUACAUCUGCGAAGUGUGCGUACGUUGUACGAGUGAAGACGGGAGAUGUCCAAGACGCAUCAACAGACUCCACCAUCAGCCUCAAAUUAAACACAUCUUCCGGCAAUGGAUUUUCCGUCGACAACCUCGAAGAUUGGGGCAUAAUGGAACCCGGUCACAACUACUUCGAGCAGGACAAACUCGACGUUUUCAGCGGCACCGGCCCUUGCCUCGAUCUUUGCGCCAUCACCGUCAUCUCCGAUGGCAGAGGGACAUACCCGGGUGUGAUAGUUCAAGAUGAAGCUCAACAGGUGAUAGCAAGUGCAGAGAGAAGCAUCUCUGUAGAAGGUGUUGCCAUGGCUGCUAGGGGCAGGGGUCAUGGGAGAUGA